AGUCUGUUUCUAGAUUAUAGUUACUGACAAAACAGAACAGAACAGAACAUUGAACAGUGCGUGAACAGAACAGUCAGUUCAGAACUAUAAAGGGUUGAUUCAGUAUUGAGGAUAAUUGAGGUUAGGUCCUACACUACGGAAAGGGAAAUAUGAUCACAUUGACACGCAAACUGAAAAAAGAUUCUGGAGAGACGAAAACCACUACUAGCAAUAACACUCCAAAACGUGUAUCAGUCAGGGAUAAACUACUUGUUAAAGAGGUACAAGAAAUGGAACAGAUGUUACCAAUUACGUGUAGAGUUAAGUUUGAUGACCCACACUGCCUUCAUGAGUUCAGUUUAUUUGUUACACCGGACGAAGGGUUUUGGAUUGGAGGCAGGUUUUGUUUUCACAUAUACAUCACUGAAGACUAUAACAUGGCUCCUCCCAGUGUGAAGUGUCUGACGAAGCUGUGGCAUCCGAACAUCAGUGAAGAAGGUGACAUCUGCUUGAGUCUGUUGCGGCAAAAUUCCAUCGACGGCAUGGGUUGGGCGCCGACAAGACGCCUCAAGGAUGUCAUCUGGGGCCUCAAUUCUUUGUUUACCGAUUUGCUCAAUUUUGAUGACCCGUUGAACAUAGAGGCAGCAGAUCUGUAUCUGAAAGACAAAGAGGCAUUCCGCAACAAAGUGAGAGACUAUGUGAUCCAGUUCGCCAAGAGGUGACAGUAAAGGAACGUAACCUACGCUGCUGUAAAUAUUGUGAUAAACCGUCUUCUGUGUGAUAACCGUACAGUGCAGUGGCAUUUUUACUAUUCAUGCUGAUUACUGCAUCUCAAAAAUGAUUUUUUUGUUAUUUUUCCAUUAAGUUGUAUAUAUAUUAUAAAAAUAAUAAAAGAUUGUUUGAAAA